AUGGAUGAAGUGCAAGUGGACUUCAUGAUCCAGAAAUACAAGGACAAUGGAGAGCUGAUCAGUGAGGAUCCAGCCCUAUUGAUACUAAAACAUUGGCCAAACUGUAAAAAGUAUAAAGAAAACUCUGAUUGUCUGAAAGGACUUGAACAGCUGGUAAGCGUUACUUUAUGAAUGAAACAAUUUACCGCCAUUUUAAUUUGCAUUAGCAGUAUUCUGUAAAAUUUCUAGCUGUAACGCAAAAUACAACAGAUAGCAGUUUCCAAAUUAGUUUUUAGAAAGUAUAUUUACUUAUUUGACAGUAAGAGAUUUUGCUAUUGAUCGGAUCAAAGAACUAUCUUUUAAAAAUACUUGUUGCAUCUCCCUUACCCUAUUUCUCUAUUGACUAAUCAUUCUAAAUUGGGACUAAUUCACCAAAUUAAAGUUGAGUUUAUAAACACAACCCUUAACCUGGAGAACCCCUCCAAAAUUUCAUCUUUUACUUGAACUAAUAAAUGUAAUUGCAAGAAGUUUAAAUUCUUUCUGUAGGUAAAUCGAUAUUUGGAGAUUUUGUUAGAAAGUGAACUGAACUCAGAAAACAGAUAUCAGACUUUCAGAGAUAAAGAGGACAAGACAAAGAAGACAUUGCUGCACUAUGCUGCUGAAUUUGGCUUUUUACAUGUUACCAAAACGCUUGUUAAGAAAUGUCCAUUACUGCUAGGGCUAAAAACAGUUGAACAACUUGAACCCGAGCAAAGAGCCAUGUUACCAGUUGAGUCAGCAAUACUAGCCAUGAAUGAUGAGGUGGCAGCUUAUCUAAUUAGAAUAAUGUGGCAUGACAGGUAUGCAGGUUCAUGACAUGUGAAAUAUAAAGUGGUAGUGGUCAUUGACCAACUGAUAUGCACAAGUGAAGCAAUGAGAUUGAAUUGCAAAAAAAAAAAGUGGAACCUGCUUCUAAAAUUGUCUCAUUUCCAAAAUUUGGUGAGGUAGACCAGUUCUGGUACAUUAAGGACCCAACUAGUAUCUUGGAGGCAUAGGUCCAAUCCUCACUAAAGCCUAAAGUGUUUUGGGUUAUUUUUUGUGAGAUAUCUUUACUUGUUAUCCAGUUAGUUACCUGUGUAAACAUCCACAGGUUGUAUAUCUUUCAUUUAUUUUUAAACUUAUGAUUGUUGAAGUCUCUAGUAUCAAGGGCAACAUUUAAUGGCUGUGUAAGCUAGCUCUUUUCCUUGUUGAUCUUAUGGCAUCUUAAAAGUUAGAAAGCAAUUAUUCUGUUCAUUGCUGUGCAUGAGUCAAUUCUGCAACUUCAGGUUUUGGUGGAUGAUCAAAUACAAAAGAAAUAAAAGAAAUGUAAACAAUAGACAGCAAAAUAAUAUGGUACAACUGAGUUCUAGCUGAGACACAAUUAUUUCCAUACUUGCAUGUUUAAUAUUCCACUUUCAUUACAGGGUCAAAAGUUUAUUUUCUUGGAUACCAGAUGAUAUGACAGAACCUCUGCCUUCAUUGUUCAGUUUCAAAUCUGUUAUUGAGAAUCCCAAAAUGAAGGUGAGUGCAAUUUUGUUUUUGUAAAAUUUAAGCAAGGGUUCCAAAUAUUACCUUACAAGAUAUGACAAAAAGAUAAGUCAGUUGGAAAAGAAAAAGCUACAUUUCAAAAAUUGAUCUCCAAUUUUUCAGUGCUUAAUAUUUGAUCUACUUCAGUAACAUAAUGGAACUAUUAACUUAAAGAGAGCUAUAGAUGGCUGUUAAUUUUGUCUUUUGUAAUCUGAAAGGGGCUGUAAAAAUUCUGUUACUUAUGUUAACAUCACAAAACAAAAGUGAUGUUUCACAUUGUAAAAAGUUGCAUGACAUUUCAAGGAUAAUUAUCCUUUUUUCAGAGGAAAGUCAAGGAUUGUGAGAAGUACUGGAUUGCCUUUUAGAGGGCACAUGUUAAAUAUUGAUGUUUUUCAACUAGUGAGUGAGGAUACAAUUUAUAGUAUUUGACGAAUAAAAAAUGUAUGUCAUUAUAAUAGCUAAUUGUACAGCUAGCCCUUUUAGCAGAUUAGUGUUUAAAACUGUUUUACUUUUAUAUGUUGUAAAGCAAUUAAAUAUGCUGUUUGCAUUAAUCACAGAAAACAGUAGAGGCUGUAUUAGACCAGAUGGUACAUCCCCAUUCGUCACAUCUCCCAAAACGCAAGGACAGCUAUGACAAUGAAGAAGAGAAAGAGGCAAUUGAAGGAGUCUGGAGGACAAUUACAGAUGAUCCUCUAAACUACCACUUCUAUUAUCAUAUUUUGGAUGGUGAUGAAGGAGGACGGCCUCCAAAGCUUUUGUCUCCAGGGGAAUAUAAACAGACAGAUAACAAAUUCUUUAACUGGAGAGAUAAAUCAUGUUUGCAUAUGAUUGCAACAAGCAAUAAUAUGGUAAGGCUAACAUUGAGAGAAAAAAUAUCUGGUAGCUAAAUGAAUAUAGCUGAAUGAAUGAAUGAAUGAAUGAAUGAAUUUUUUGAAUGAAAAUAAUUAAUCACCAAAUAUCAUUCAAUAUUAUGGUAUAUCUAUUGAUUUUUUGCAUUUAAAUUUACAAUGUGUAAGUUUUUUUUGUACCUCUAAGAGUGCUCUAUGUAGAGGUAUAUAAGCAGAGCAAAGCAGAAGGGACUAUAUAGCAAUGAAGAAAUUUACUUCAUGGUUUCAAACACUGAUUGCAUGAUAAUUAGUUUGACAAGUAUCAAGUGAAACCUGCAGACAUUAGGCCCUUCUUAACAUGGAAUGUUAUAUAAUGUAUCUUAGAAGGGUCUCAAAGCAGCCAAGGAAGGAGAAUUGUUACUCCUCCAAAAUGGGAUGCUUCCUCGAUUAGUCUCUCUGACAGUUUUCUGGUAAUCACUUGUACUCCUUGGUGGAAAAAGGCAUUGUGGGAGGAAAGUAUUAAAUCACCUCACCAGAGCUUGAUCUAUGACUCAUGAGUUGUAUGCAAUCAAUGACAACAUUAGGCAGUUCGGUUUGCCUGAAUUAACAACUUACCUCUUACAUUUUGUGGAAGAUGUCAGGAUAGGUUUUUACUUUUGUUUCCUGGCAGAAUUUUUAUGAUGUAUCUUGCUUACCGUAUGUUUCAAUCUUUGCACUUGAAACACUAUUGACUAAAACUGGCAUUUACAUUUUCUCAUGCAUAUUUAUUGCUUUGUGGUUCAUCUCCACCUAUUAACUGACAGGUAAAUUCUAGGGAUUGUCGUGACUUGAACUUUGACCAAUCUGCCAACUUAAAUUAAUCACAGUUAGAGAAAUUCAUAUAUCCCUUUGAUCCUUAGGAGUAACUAGCUGGUAAUUCCUCCCAAGGAUAUAACCCAUAGAUCAAACAUUUCAUAAAAGACACGAGAAUAAAGGAAACGAUUACCAACUAAAGAAGCUUUGAUUGUUAAACGGAUCGGCUAAACUUCAGAAUACCCCGCAACUUUGGUCCGCCUCACUUACAUGUGUCGGGAGGCUUUGAAGAUCGAGGCAUAACACAAUAGACGAUAUUCUUAUUCAAUGACAUGUAAAUGAGUUGCGGGGUAUUCUGAAGUUGCUCCAACGGAUCCUCCUUUUCAAGUCCUUAGGAAAUGUGUUGACAAUAAACAGUAUGGAGAAUAUACUUAUUUAUGUUAGGGUGUCAGUAAAGGGUUUUAUCACUUAUUAUGAAGUUUAUUCAGUUUCACAUAUAAGCAGUAUACCAAACGAGGAUCUAUUCUGAUUAUUUUGCAUCCAUGCAUAUCAUAGAUUUUUGAUUAAAAUACAUUUUGACUUUCAUUUUCAGGAGGCUUUGCAGCAUCCAGUGGUCAGAAUGUUGAUUAAACGAAAAUGGCAAGAUUAUGGACGUUGGUUUCUCAGGUAUAAUUAUGUAAACGCCGUUGUAUAUCUUUACUCAGGGUACUGUAUGUAACAGUCCACUGAUAAUUCAGAUGUUAGACUCACUUGAACUUUAUGUCACGAAUUAGAAAGAGUAAGUGAAUUAAUUUGGGCUUCAAAAAUACCUUAAACCUCUUCCCUGAGUAAUCUCAAUCGUAAGUUGUUUGGUCUAGUCACGAAACGCGCUUCCCCCCCCCCCCCCCAUCUACGUCGGUGAAGAAGAGAGCGCCUUGCGUGGCUAGACCGAAAAACGACUACGAAGGAGACGACACUCCCAGGGGUGGGCCGGCAAGAUUCCUAAAUCGUCAAUAUGCCCCGUGAAUUUUUUACGCAGACGUUACAAUUGAAACUAAUCGAAUAAAAUGAGAAAACGGUUGCACAGAGAAAGAGAUAGGUUGCUUUACCUCAACAAAAUAAUGCACAAUUCAAUUUCUUCAACCUCAAUAAGAAGCGAUUGCUUGACAAUAAAACUUGUAAAUGUAAGCUGUUCUUUGAUUAACAGUGUGAUAUAUUGUAACGUACACACGGAUGAAACGAUCACUAUGUAUAAUAGUCCAUUUUACAGUUGUGUGCUUGGUUGCCAAGCCUUUGAACAGGAGUGAGGCUAAGGGUGACCUUGUUAUGAUACAAACCUUGCUGCUUUUGAAAUGCAAAUUAAUUUGUUAUCAUGCUAACUAGAUUCUGGUCUCUAACACAACAAGGUCACCUUCAGCCUCACUCCAAAUCAAAGGCUUGGCAACUAAGUACACAACUGUAAAAUGGCCUAUUAAUACUUUUUCUACAGUCUUCAGGCGGUAUUGUAUGUCGUCUUCUUACUGUUAAUGACGUAUUCUCUGCUGCAUGCCUCAACCAGACCGGACCCAAAUAGUUACAGGAGUGUGAUAGACUCGUUGCGUGUAUUUUGUGAGGUUGCUACUCUUUUCAUGGCUGGCGUUUACAUAUGCGAAGAAAUAAAUCAGAUGAGGAUGUGAGUAACCAAAGGACUACUGAUGAGCAGUAAUUCAGAUGAGUGUCACAUAAAAUCUUAAGGGGGAAGCUUUCGAGACUAUCAAAUAUUUCAGUAAACAAUUAAAAUAUUGUGAUUUGGUAUUACCACACUGAACUGAUAACGUCAAUUGACCAGGAUAAAGAACUGAGUGAAAAGCUGACGUUUCGAGCGUAAGCCCUUCGUCAUUCGCUCUGACGAAGGGCUUACGCUCGAAACGUCAGCUUUUAACUUCCUUACGGUGGCCAAUUGACGUUAUCAACUCAGUUGAUAAUACUAAAUUAUCCUGUUAUACUCUGCCACCGGCGCAGCACCACAGUUUCUUCAGAAACCUACCCCCUUUAUUCAAUUAAAAUGUUGUAUUGUCCAAUUAUUGCGUCGUCGAAAUGUAAGGUAGUGUUAUUGAACAGUAUUACGUUUUCGCUGAUCAAUGAGGACUUAUUGUCAACAUGCAAUUUUAGAUAUCUUAAGCAAAAUUCAAACUAAUAUUGAUGCAAAGUUAUUCUCUUGUGGUAUUUUUAUUGACCUAAAAAAGGCUUUUGAUACGGUGGAUCACUCAAUCUUACUGCACAAAUUAUAUCAUUAUGGAGUCAGAGGAAUAAUUAAUAACUGGUUCUCUUCGUACUUGUUGAACAGGAACCAGUCGACUCAAAUUGGUUCAACCGUGUCGAAUAUAGAAGAGAUAGUUUGUGGUGUCCCUCAAGGGUCUGUACUUGGCCCCCUUCUCUUUUUUGAUUUAUGUUAACGACAUUUACCGUUGCUCCCAGAUUUUUGAGUUUUACCUAUUUGCUGACGAUACUAACUUGCUUUAUUCAAACAAAGAUCUUAAGGAUCUUGAAAAAGUUGUUAAUGAUGAACUCGCAAAAGUGGGUGACUGGUUGGACGCAAACAAACUUUCUCUUAACACUAGUAAAUCUAACUUUGUUAUUUUCCAUCCUUACCAACGCAAAUUGGACUACAUAGUUCACUUGAAAAUUUAUAAUAACGAUCUUAAAAAAGUGUAUCUCUAGAACAAAAACUUUUGUGAAAUAUCUAGGAAUUCUGAUAGAUAAUAACCUCUCUUGGAAGUAUCAUAUUGAUUAUAUCUCAUCUAAAGUUAGUAAAGGAAUUGGUAUAAUUGCCAGGUUAAGACAUCUUGUCCCAUUUGCCACACUUCUUAACAUCUACCGCUCCUUAAUUGAACCCUAUAUCUCUUAUGGUCUUAUUGCCUGGGGACAAGCUGCUAACACUCAUUUAAAUAAGGUUCUCAUUUUACAAAAACGUGCUCUACGACUAAUGUAUUUUGCGGAUAGCAAAUCUCAUAGUGCCCCGCUAUUUGUUAACUCCAGAAUCUUACCAAUAACUAUGCUCUAUUCUCAUUUGGUUUCCUCUUUGAUGCAUGACAUUGAUAAUCACCGUGCCCCGUCUAAUAUUUCUAUGCUCUUUAUCCACUCCGAGCAGGUUCAUCACCAUUUCACAAGAUUCUCAGCAACGGCUAAUCUGUACGUUAAAGCGUCUAGAACUAACCAACUUUUAUUUUCUUUUGCUAGAAUAGGUGUAAGAUUGUGGAAUAGCAUCCCAAAAGAACUUCGUAUUAAAAACAGAACCCCGUUUAAGCGUGAACUUAAAAAUCGCCUGUUAAAACUUUUGGAAAUUGAGGAGAUGAAUGUUGAUAUACGCUGCUCUGAAAUUUGUAAAUAUCUCUUGAUAAAGUAACUCUUCGUUUAAGUCUUGUUUCAAUUGUAUUAUAUAUCUUGAUAACUUUGCAAUUGAUUAUUUAAUUAUUCAACGGACUUAAUUUUAUUUUAUUUUAUUUAACAAUUGUAUUUUUAUUAAUGAUUAUCUUUGUUUAAUUGUAUCGGUAUGUGAUCCUUAGCAGAGACAGCACUUGUUUUAGAAGGGUGGCCCGCCUAGAAUAGCUUGCUAAUUGCGGGUCACCUAGGUCUGUGAUAAUAUUGUAUUGCUAACAAAUAAAAUUGAAUUGAAUUGAAAUUGAAUUGAAUUGUUGGUAACCUCGUCUACUAGAUCUACAUGUAAGUAUGUAUCAACAGUGUGUUUAUUUUCUAAGACAUCAGCCUCACUUUAUCGAAAAUUCGCAUCUUUUUACGACCUCCUUUGCCGUCUGACUAUGAAACUUUCCUAGCAGUGGCUGUACUGAAAUAGCUGACGGUCUUACAAACCUCCUACAUCAGGGCUUUUUUGCUUUGUCCCCUUAUCGUCAGGAAAAUCCUAGGGCCGGUUAUUUACACGAGGUCUAACCCAAACCGCGGUUUCUCGCUAGCAGUGGGCCUCUAGGAUUCUCCAUAAGAGAAUUGUCAGUUUCCUUAAAUAUAUAUCCUUUCACUGCUAGCUUUCGGCCCUCUUGCCACUGUUGGCAAAAAUAAAUUUUCGGAUGAAAGAUUAAGCUAAAUUCAAGAUAGUUUACAACGCGGUUUUGUAAACAACGGUUAAACUUUGUUUAAGUAACCGUCCCAUAGCAUUUAAGUCUUUCCGGAAGCGAAGGGGGUCAAAACACAAUUUUUUUGCCUGAUUUAUUUCAGAGAAGGGCAUUCAUACAUCACAGAGUGGAUGACCCUGUUUGACUGGUUAGGCCUGUUGUUGGUCCUAUGUAUAAUACCCUUGCGGUUCACUGGUAGCAAAGCACAGUGGACGGUUGCAUCUUUAGCUGUCUUGUUCAAUUUCUUGAGGAUAUUCAAGUUUUCUUGUGUUACAAGGUGAUAUUUUUAGUAACGGCAGAUAAACAUCUACAUCGCGCAUAGUAACGUGUUGUCCAGGAGCUUAAUAAUUGCAAAUUCAAAAAGAGUACUAGCAUAGCUGAUACAAUCAGACAGACCCCCUUUGCAUGUGGAGGAGGUACAUGUAGGUCUCCCGGUGGUUUACGAAUUUAAAAAUACCCAAAUGGGAAAUCGUUUAUGUGCACAAUCGUAGAAAGAUCGAUUGUCUUAAACGCGCGACCCAGCUGGUUCCUUCUCAUUUUUAAGAUACAGCGGCCGAUUGAAAUACGAUGAAUGAUCCGGUUAUAAGUAAGGAUUUACUGUCUCAGGGUCUCUUGAUGAAGUUUACGGCCAAUAACCAUGUAAAUACCAACCUGUUAUUUUAUUUUUCAGGACAACAGGAUUAUACACCAAAACUUUGGCUAAGGUCAUUCAGCAAGACUUGACACGAUUUAUGACUGUUUUUAUUGUGGUCUGUCUUCCCUUUUGUGGUGCCUUGUUUUUAUCUCUUCGUUUCUCCAAAGAGAAUCAUCAGUUUAGGUACGUCUGGGUUUAGUAGAUACCAGCACUUCCUUAAUAGAGCCUCGUCCGAUGAGAUCACUACCACUUUAUGGAUCUUAUUGCGAUCAGUGUUUGCGAGUUUUUGCUCUAGCUAUUCCGAGUGAGCUUAAGUAACUCAAGUUAAAUAUACUCAUAAAGUCAUGAUAAAAUAAAUUUUCUUAUGGAGGCUCCAUGGUGUUUUUUGACAGCGCGAGAUUUGGGUGCGAACAUAUCACGAGCUUUAAAGUGUCUAUAUGCAGAACAAAUAUGGCGGCUCGAUACGAUCUCACGACAGUUUAACUCCAGGCGGUGUGCGCACUCUCAUUGCGUUACAUCAUGGUCGUAAAACGAAAAGCGAGUUAUUAGCAUCCUGUCGCGGUCGAGUGGACAUCUCUAGUGGCAAAAAGAUAGCGUGAAUAAACGUGGAAUGUAAUGGGGAUUCACUGUCUGUUGCAUUUCCUUCGAAAGUGGACAAGUGUUUGCGGGCCUGCACGACUCCUGCUAUUCCUCCGUGUCAAAUUCGUAGUUAGGAGGCAACUGAAGAGAUUCAGAAAGAAACGAAACUGCUGCUUUGCCAAAGAAUCUAUUCAUUUGCAUCAUUUACACUCACAGCCGAUGGAUGUGUGAAUAAUAUCAAAUUCGCGAGUUUUUAACAGGGAAUCUACCUUAACAUGCAAACGCAUUAUAUAACAAAAAAGGGCAAGGGAAUGGCAGGAAUGGCACGAGCCUAUCAACACAUUUUAACGAUCGACCGCCUUUUGCUUUCCGGCUUAUCCGGCGUGUCGCCGUGUGCAGUGUGGAGUUAUUCAUUGAUCAAGUGACUCCUUUCAUUGCUCUAAUUCAUCUGUCCUUCAUUCAAUGAUCAAGAUAGUAGAUUUACCAUACAACACUCGCCAUUAGAAAGUUUCCUUUUCCUUAGGAAAGUAGAUUUUCAACAUAAUUGAGUAUGCGAUAGUAACGCUGUGUAACGCAACAAUGGGCCUCUUCUCGGGAGAGAAGAGAGAGACACAAGAGUUCAACCGAAAAGAAAACACGGUGGAAAAGAUCCAGAUUCGAAAGUCUACGCAUGCUCUGAUGCCGAUCCUGGCGAAGUUUUAUUCCAUUCCAUUAUCUUUCGAGUCAGAUUUAUCACGUUUCCUUCGGUGGAAUUUCCUAAGAUUUGCUGAACCGUUACACCGAUUUGUUCUCUUCCAUGAGAGAAAAAAAUCCAUUUGGACCAAAUUUUAGAUUGAGGAAGAAAACAAAAAAUUGCAAAUAGUGAGGAAACUGCCUUUGUAACUCCUAUUUUUUUCACCGUUAAAUGAUCUGCAGGACAAUUUUCACAAAAUGUGAACGUUUUGAGAGGUUUCACCAAAGCAAAUUGAGGGAAAUCCAAUGCAAAGCCAAAUUAUCACAGGCGAGCGCCUCUCUUAGUGGAACCUUAGCUUAAUAACGAAAAUUAUUUUGAUAAUAUUUACUACAGUAAAUAAUGGUCCGAACCUUGCGCAUUGCUUUUUGAUGACUUACAGUGACCUUGAAAAGCGAAAACAUAAAAAUCUUCUAGAACAUUACGCUGGCGCGCGCGCCAAUAUUGAGCAAAAACCCUAUAGAGCCUCCUCAACUUGUAGGUGGGAUGUAGGUGGGCACGCUUAUAGGGGUGUUAUGAGUAAUGUGUCAAUCACCAAACUUUUUACUUUACUUUUAUAUACUUUAACACUGAUCUAGUGGCUUAGGAGACGUGUUGCAGAGCGGUUUUCGAGCAGUGUUCGAACAACGACCCAUUGCGGAAGAUUACACAGGCUUCAAGUAAGUUUAUGAUUAGUUGUCUCCUUGGUAUCUCUUGCAACUUCAAUUUUUUUCUUCAGAAAAAUAGGUCAGCGUGCAUCAACUGCGGUACAUGCGUUGUCGUGCUACAGCUGCAUCAAAUGUACAGACCUUCAUCGUUUUAUUUCUUUGUGCAGCUGGCUGUCAAUUCUGCUGAUGAUGACGUACAUGGGGACAGUGAUUGUGAUACUUCUGAACAUACUUAUUGCACAGUUGAGCACGACCUACAUUCACGCCAAGAAAGUCGCCCGUCUGGAGUACGAUGUGGAUCGUAUUUUACAGCUCACUCGCAUGGAAAGAUUUCCUUUUCUGGUAUGUUAGGAAAUGGGCCUGUUGACUAGGGUUGGCCGUAGGAAUUUCUUUUCAUUGGUUUCUGUAUCUCUAAAUGUAAGUUUAGGAAAAAUUUUAACGCAAGGAGGUUUUUUCUCCAAACCCUUUUUGCUGAAAUCGCUCUCGCACUUAAUCUUUCAGCGAAAAAAGUAGUUCGUUUAGAUUUGUUAGACAAUUUUAAAGUUUGUUUUACUCAUAGGUAGAUGUAUUCAACAUCUACUUUCAUUGUCCAGUUGGAGAUUACAGAUGACGUCAAAAUGUGGUUGGAGCAAAAAAAAAAUUGGUUCACAAGGCGCAAUUGAGUGUGUCACUGACUUACCACACUUUGACGGCUUUUGUGAUAUAAUAUACAGAAAGGAACCAUGGCAACACGGAAUAUAUUUGAUUUGUAUGCAAAAAAGCGAAACUGCUAGUAAUAGUGACGUCAUCUAUGCAUCUGCCAUGCCCUCUGGUAAAUCAUUAGUAAGAACCAAUCAAAAUUCGUGUCCUACUUCGCUUUUUUUAUAGAGAUAUUUGUAUUUACCUUUCCACAGCUGAACUCACAAUUGUUUCUUUCCAUCUCUUAAGAACUUGCGUGUGAAGUAUUACAAAGAGGGAGAAUGGAUCAGUGAGAGGAAACUGGCGGAAGGUUUGGAGGAAACAAAGACUGCUUAGAUUGUUAUUCUCAGAUACCAAUAUACUGUAUGUUUUCAUUCUGUUUGCGUUAAUGAAUCGGAACCGAGAAUCGCCGAUAUGAUUUAGUUCGCGAUUUUCCGCGCGCACAACUUUUCCUAAGUUAAAUUUAUUGAUGCAUGGCUUCCCCAGCAGCUGCAAUUGCAAUUCAUCAAAUGACGUAUUUUUUUUCUAGAGCUUCUGGAAUUCAGCGAAGAACGUAAUCCUUGGGAGUCAGUGGAAAAGAAGCUAAAUGCGAUAAGGUAACAACCGUUAUUUCUUUCUCCUACUAUCGUAUCUGUACCCUCAACCAUCUACUUAGCCGCCUACAACUUUCGUUUUGAUGUCUAGGAAAUUUUCUUCCACAGGGACAUGAUGAGAAAGAUUGUGAAACAGAUAAGGCCAGGAAGGGAUGAACAAUUGUCAACAAGGAUGUUUUAA